GAGAUUGUGGAUACUUUCGGAGAGCAGGCCGAGGCGCUGAUGGCAGAGGCAGGCGCCCCGCCUGCAGGCGAGCCCGAGGGCGUCGACCACGCGCCGACGGCUGCCCAGCUGGCUGGCGACGCGGCGGAGGAGGCAGCGGCGAUGCGCCCAGUGGAGCCGGCGGCGCCUGCAGGCUGCCCGCCGCCGUCGGGCUGGCUCGUGCCGCGCAGCAAGCGCGCCCGCUUGGCUGCGCAGCCAGAGCUGCUGGCCCUCGAGGCGCAGCAGGUUGAAGGGGAGGAGGCCAAGGCCGAUGUGGCCAGGAUCGAGCAGGCCAAGGCUGAGGCCAGGGCCGCGGCGUUCGAGCAGGCCAAGGCCGCGGCGCUGCAGGAGGCACAGGCCGAUACGCUCCAUGAGGCCAGGCGCGAGGCGGCAGCCAAGGCCGUAGAGGAUGCGCUCGAGCAGGCCAAGGCCGAGGCGCUUCAGGAGGCCCAAGCCGAGAUCGAGCAGAUCAGGGCUCAGGCGCUGGAGCAGGCCAGAGACGAGGCGCUGCAGAAGGCCAAGGCCGAUGCGCUCGAGGCGGCGCAGCAGGCCAAGGCCGAGGCGAUUCAGCAGGCCAAGGCCGAGGCGCUUCAGCAGGCCAGGCUCCAGGUGGCAGCCGAGGCCGCGGAGGCGGCGCGGGCUGGGGAGGCGCCAACGGCGGCAGCAGAUGCCCCCGAGCCCCCCUUGGGCGCAGGCGCAGCAGGCGAUCCAGCCGAGGAGGUCGCGGAUGAAGCUGCCAAGAGGGAGAAGCAGAAGAAGAAACUCCACAGGGUGAUCGACUGCAAGGCGCGCAAGCGCCAGCGUGGUGGCGGCAUCAGCCCAGAUGACGAAGCCCAAGCCAUCAUCGAUGAGGCCGAGGCGAAGCGCCAGGCCACCAUGAUAUUCAACGAGCGCAAGCGCGUCAUGGCAAAGAAAUUGGCCUAUGAGCAGGAGGAGAAGGAGAAGGCUGAGGCGCUCAUGCUGGAAGCUGAACUUGAUGAGUACGAGGCAAUGCGGAACCAGCGGUGGGAAGUCGCCUCAACUACCGCGAGCGACGACCGCAGGCUGAGUGGGUGUAACCAACAUGAUGUGGACACGGACUCUGAAUAUUCGGAGACGCCAUGUGUGCCAGAGUUGCCGACGUUCGAGUUCGCCAUGUCUGAGAGGGAAAAGGAGCAGCAAGCUAAAGAUAGGCUGGAUGAGCUUCACGAGGUGCCUUACCCCGACUCGGUCGACCAUGGCGACGUGCCUCAGCCGUCGCCGAUGACACCAGCGGCCACGAGCGUGCGGUCGGCGUCUUUGCCGCGCGCGGAGCCCCUUGCAGCGGGAGAGAGCAGUGGCUCCACGCCGCAGGCCUCCGCGCCCGCGCGGGAGACCGAAUCCCCCUGGGCGGCAGGCUCAGCGGCGGCUUACCCGCCAGCUCAGCCGCCCGCGCAGCCUCAGCCGCAGCCGGCGCAGCCCCCGCAGCCUGCCCCCGAUGCCCCCAUGGCGCCAGCGACUGACAAGGAGACUCUGAGGCAACAAGUGGUCCAGCAGAUGGAUCGCGUCAACGAUGCUGCGAAGGUUUUGGCAAGCUGCGCUCCCGAGAAGUUCGUCCUCGAGGACGCCGCGCAGAAAGCCGAGGUGUCGAUCUCGCAGCUGUGCCACAGCGAUCUCGUUAGGAAGAUGAAAGCGCUGCAUCAGGCUGACCAGGAGCUCUCGAUGGAUGCAAAGCAGAAGGCCUUGGCGGAGGAAGACGCCUUCUGGGAGGGCAUGAAGGCGCACGAUUUCAAGUUCGGGACCGCCUGCACUUCAGGCAACAGCAUUGCGGGGCGCUGGGCUAGGGCCUUGAGAGCUGACGCUGCCUUGGCGGCAGAAUACCGUGCGAAGGAGGGGUACCUCCAGAAGGCCGACUUCCGCGCUGCUUGGGCAAAGGGCAAGUACGACAAACACCAGGUGGCCAGGGGCCGCUCUAAGGAUGAGAAGCAUUCGAAGUCUGAAAUCAGGAAUGGGACAUACGUGUCCCUGGGCCGCCUGGCAUGGCUCGAGGGCGGAGGUUCGAGCGGCAUGAAAAUUGCCGUUCGUUACGCGACGAACUGCGUGAUCAUGGGGGGCAUCUGGUGCUCGUGGGACGAGAUGGGUGAGGUCCUCAAAUAUCUGCACGUCCAGCACAGCGUCCGCGACGAGUUCAAGCGCUCCUGGAGGGCGUGGGAGGACUGGGCCGAGCAGCCGACUGCACAUGCUUCCGCGGAGGGCGACGCCGCGGCGCAGUCCGCGCCAGCCGCGACGCCCUCGCGCGCGGGAGGCGGCGGGGAUGGUGAUGGCGGCAUCCCAGCACGCGUCAUCUCGAGGAAGCCCGAUGACAACGGGAGGAAGUUCAAGGAGCUGAAGAACUCCUACCAGAAGGCCACCAGCGAGUGCAACACCAUCCUCAGGAUGGUGAAGUCCGACCCCGAUUGGUGCUGGGCCGACAACGACGUCAUGAUGGGCCCGUUGCGCAGCGCGGACAGCAAGGUUCACGAGAUCCUGAAGCAGGACCGCGACCUCGCCUCCUGCCUCGCUGGCCAGUUCGCGAACCUGAAGUCUACGCUCGGAGAUGAGAAAGUGCAGGCGGUCCUGGGUCGCGCCGUGUUCGCUCUGAAGGAGCCUGUCGAGGCGCUCGACCACGAGUGCCGCCUGCUGAUUGCUCAGCACAACAGCCGCGUGCGCCUGGUCUCUCUCCCUGAGAAGGCGAACCUUAAGAAGGCCAGGAAGGCCUCGAGCUCCCAUGGGAGUCGGUGA